CGAGUAAAUUACUCUGAUUCUCUGAUUUUCAGAGUUGAUUUUGUGUACCACCCUUACGCCUCUGGGUAAAUUUUUUAGAUUUUAUGUUUUCUCUGAUAAGCCAGGGUUUUUUUUUGUACCACCCUGAGGGGUUUACUACCGCCGAGCUGGCCCACGUCAUAUGUUGCCAGACCCACCCUUGCUGGCAGAUAACCUUCUCUCCUAUUGGACACUAGUGUAUUUUUUACGCAGGUUUCGGCGCCACACCCGAGUUUACCACGUCGACUGUUGCCACACUUGUACUCGCUCGACGAAUGGGAGCGUGAAAUGGAAGAGGCGGAUCUGUCGGUUGACAAGCCGGCAGAUCCUCCACCUCCGGAUCCUGUGCCCUCGUCGCCGGCAUCUGCAUCAACAUCGUCGGCUAAGAAGAGACGACGAUACCAGCAGAGACAUCUGCCCUUCGCGCCUCCUCCCAAGAUAACGCCGCCAGCAACCCCUGCCCCCGUCGUUGAAGCAGAGCGACCCCUCGCACCAACUGUGUGCAUGCAGCAUGGCAAGCCGACAGCCCGCUACGGUCGCGAUGGGCCUGGCGGCAGGGACUUACAGAUUGGCAGCAUGCGGUGGCACGAGGAGAGCACCAAGCAUGAGGCGUGCGUGCAGAAGCAAGCUCACCUUGACAACGAAAUCGAGAGCCAGAAGCGCAUGGACGACUUCGCCAAGAACGACCCCGAUGCCGCCCGCGUCAUCAGACUUCUACGCUCCAUGCUAUUCAUCUGUAAGGAAGAUGCUCCGAUUUCAAUGUUCACACGUCUAAUCGGUCACCUGUCGCAGGAGGGGGUGAAGGACAUACCCAAGCAGACUUACGGCGCGUACAUCACGAAGUAUGGAUUCAGGGAGAUGGUGAAAGCCAUGGUGGCUUUCUUGAAGGCACAGCAGAUGGAGCACAUCCACUCCUCCCCGUUCAUCGGCAUCAGCUGCGACGAGAGUACCGACCGCACCCGCGGAAAGCACCUCAUCGCCUUCGGCACCUUCUUAAAGAAGCGGCGCGUCGUCACUGAGUUCUUGAGCCUGCUCACCAUCGACAAGUGUGAUGUUGCGUCGCUCCAGUCUGUCCUGCUGGGUCACCUGGAAGGGAGUGGCAUUGAGCUUCAAAAGAUCGCCGGUAUUAGCACCGAUGGGGCAUCGGUGAUGACCGGCGAGAAGAACGGGCUCGUCGCUCGACUCCGACUGCGUAUCCCGCACCUUGUCGGUUGCCAUUGCAUCGCACAUCGAGAAGCGCUGGCGGUCAAAGACGCCUCCAACUCCUUCCCCGACCUGUUCAUCGUCGACGUUAUCAUCCGAGCUUUCGGGGAAAUCGUCGGUCGCUCGACUCCGUGGAUUCUCGGCGCAGUCAUCGUCGUCUUCAUCGAGUACAAGCACAAGCACGUUGCGCUUCUGAAGUCCUUCAAGUUCCACUUCUGCCUCAACUUCCUCGCCGACAUCCUCGCUGAGCUCAACACUCUGAACAGGUUUUUCCAGCGCCGCACGGUAAGUUGAAUCUUUUUCGUUCCUGUCGCAACUCAUUGAGUUCAUUAA